UCUACCACCGUCCAUAUCCGGCAUUAGCUCGCACUCGACCCCGCUGUGAGUGAGUGAAACCCGGGAACGACCGGUACGGACUCCUGGCCCUGUACCGGGUCUCACACUCUGCGGAUAUGGUGUCAGGCUCUCUUUACGCGUUGUUAGCGGGCUUUCUGGGGGCAGCUGCCUCUUUGUCGGCCAAGCUGUCCCUCGGUGCUGACUACGUGAGAGACAUAUGUGAGUCCGGGCUGAGCGGCUGGACUCAAACACACGGUGGAACCACAGCCUGUGACUGGCUCCACAUCCCCCUGCGGCUGCUGUGUGGAGGCCUGCUGUUCACCUGUAACGCCGUCAUGUGGACCUUCUUCUCCAAGGCUCUUCGACACUGCUCCUCCUCAGCCAGGGCCACCGUCACCACCACCGCAUCCAACUUCAUCUCCUCAGCCGUCCUGGGGAGGGUGAUUUUCGGAGAGACCCAUGCAGCUCUGUGGUGGGUGGGCAUAUCCCUCACACUGUGUGGACUGCUCGUACUCCAUGGAUCCGUGCCUCAGACGCUCCCACAGGGAGAGGAGGAGGGCAGAAAGGACAAGUGAUGCAGCUUUGGCUCAUCGCAGGCAUGCAGCCACUGCUCCUCAGUCGCAGACACAACAACCUGUGGCAAGACUCCCCUGGGGGGAGUAAUGAUGGAUAAUGGACUUUCUCAGGUACCUAAAAGUGAAGAUGUUGCUCCUAAGUGUCUUAUUAAGAGCAAUUAAAACAGCAGACUAUGUUGCACAGAGCUGAAUGUACAUUCAGUGUCUGUGUGCAUUAUUUGCUAUUGUUCUGGCAGCGGUGUUUUCUUCAGGGAGAGCGUAUUGGUUGCCUUUAUAUUGUUCAGAACAGGCUGGGUCAGUCCAGAUUUCUACUCAUGGUUUAGCCUCUAACUCUUUGAACUGUUUAAUAUGCGUACGUCUUCCUGAGCCCCACGAGUAAACAAGAGUUUGGUUAAAGGUGCAGUAAGCGAUUCUGGAGAAAGAUAGUUGAUUGAGUCUCAUUCCCAGCUCGUCAAAUACCACCACACCGGGUUGGUGCCACUAACCUCCUGGUGAAGUUCUUCCUCCUGAUUGGAUAAAGUGAGAACAGGAUAGCAGCUGCAGAAAGGAGGGACUGUUACUGACUGAACACUUUAUCAGUGAUGGCUGUCAGAAUGUAAAGCUGUUUAACACUUAAUAAAAAAAUAUCGCUUACAGCUACUUUAAUACAGUGUGGUUGGCUUCAGGCAAUUACCUUGGUUACUAUUUUGAGAGGAAUGUCACGUAAUGGAAAGGAAACGUCACUGUACACCUUCUUUCUGGAUUCUCAACAGAACUUUAACACUGUGUCAUCCAGCAGUGAUAUGGACGUUGAUGUGGUGGUAGUAAUACAAAAGCACAACAUUACUUUCUCUGACUAGGAUCAAAAUGUCAAAAGUCCUCGUACCUGUGGGGAAUUACCAGCAGUAAUGGUAAGCCCAGAGCUGAUUUUAACUUCAAGUUAUUUGAUUGAGUUUGGUCUAUGGGUUUGAAGAUGCUGACAUAUAUUCCAAACUCCACACUGCACAUUUUCAAGACAGCUGGUUACAAACAACGGGGAAUUAAAGUGACUCAGACUUAUUGUAUCUGUGCACAGGGUUCCCUGCUUAAAGCUGCAGUAGGUAACUUUUCUAAACAUAAUCUUUGGUGCUAUUUGCUGAAACGUCUCUCACUAUAUCCUGACAGUAGUACAUGAGCUAGAAUCAGGUUCGUCUGGCUCCUCCUAGUGAAUCCACUGCAUCUUAAUGAAAACAACCAAUCAGAGCCGAGAAAGAUAGACAGCUACAUCUGGCUGUUUGGACCAGCUCUCGUUCAAGGCUUCAGACAAUAGAAUGAGCUGAUUUACAUAUUUUUUUCUUUGUUAUACAUAUUAAUGUAUGAGCUAACUGAAUUACGCUGAUGUGACUUGAAUUUUGUGUGAUGUAUUAAAAGACAUGAGAGUGGAGUAUUUUUGUAUUGGAGUGAGUUAAGGUAUCUAACUAGGUAGAGUCUUAUUAGCUAGUAAUGUCAGACUGGCAAAGGUUCCUGCUAACUUUCCACACAGCCUGGAAAACCUGGAACUUUGAAAUGACCAAAUAUCCUGCAAAUAAUCUAAGUUCAGUCAGCCAACUCACGUUUGAAAUGAUUAUUAAGCAGUAUAGCAUAUUUAGAUUUUGGCGUCUAGGCUCCGACCUCAUCACUCCCUGCAGAUAUGUUUACAUAAAGAUAUUGGGGAGUGAUGAGCAAAUACCUUAACCCCUAGCCGGAGCCUACAGGUGGAUGCUGGGGUGGUGGUGGGGCUUACAGAGCAGCAGCAGCAAUACGGAUGCAGGGCAACAGCAGCAUUGACAGAGCAGAGGGAGAGCUGGGAAAUUGUGCAGUUUAAAUAGACCGCCAGAUUGGAAGGUGGCGCUUGGUUAGUGAUUAUGGAAUAAGGCGUGUCAUGUGUGUAAUCAGCGCAGCUCGAGUUGACUGCCUGAACUAACUCGCAGGCUUUGCUCCAUUUGUCCUGGAAAUUUGAAUUAUAUUUUAGCCCUUCACACAGCUGCAGAUUUCCUACGCAUUUAGUUUGAAAGCUCAACUGUUGGUGGAGAACCUGUGGCUUUAGCAGAUGUGGAACAAACCUGCAGCAAUGUUUUUGGCGUCAAGUGUAUUAUUUUCCCAGAGCUGUGAGCAGAAUUCCCAUGAAAGCCCGGGGGAAGAUUUUCUGGCUGCAGUUAAUAAAUACGUGCACAGAGAUGUUAAUUACAUGUGCAACAAACACUUCCUACUUCUUUUAAUAGACUAAUAGGUGACAAGAUGAAUUUUCUGUAAAAUGAAAAAAAUUCUACUUUAUUUGAACUGUUGAAUCUAUGGGCUAUGGCCAAAGUCAUGUAUGUAAUGAAUAAAACUGGUUAAAUGUA